CUGUAUUGAAGGAUUCAGUUAGCGGAUCUGUGGAUGAUGGAGACAAUCUGCCAGGAACCAUAGCAAAGUAUACCUGUGACUAUGGAUUCAAGUUGGUGGGAUCCAGCAAGAGACUCUGUCAGAAUUACGGCAGCUGGGCUGGGGAGGCACCUAUUUGCAAACAGAUCGAAUGCCCUGCAUUGAAGGAUCCAGAGAACAGAUCUGUGUAUGAUGGAGACAAUCUGCCGGGAACCAUAGCAAAGUACACAUGUGACUAUGGAUUCAAGUUGGUGGGAUCCAGCAAGAGACUCUGUCAGAAUUAUGGCAGCUGGGCUGGAGAGGCACCUAUCUGUGAACAGAUUGAAUGCCCUGCAUUAAAGGAUCCAGAGAACGGAUCUGUGGAUGAUGGAGACAAUCUGCCAGGAACCAUAGCAAAGUACACCUGUGACUAUGGAUUCAAGUUGGUGGGAUCCAGCAAGAGAGUCUGUCAGAAUUAUGGUAGCUGGGCUGGGGAGGCACCUAUCUGCGAACAUAAGACUACAAUUGCUUUACUGCAAAUGUUAUGAAACAUAAUUAUCGUACAGAGAUCGAAUGCCCUGUAUUGAAGGAUCCAGAGAACGGAUCUGUGGAUGAUGGAGACAAUCUGCCAGGAACCAUAGCAAAGUACACCUGUAACUAUGGGUGCAAGUUGGUGGGAUCCAGCAAGAGACUCUGUCAGAUUUACGGCAGCUGGACUGGAGAGGAAAUUAUCUGCGAACGUAAGACUACAAUUGAUUUACGGUAAUAACUGUGAACAUAUCAUACAGAGAUCGAAUGCCCUGCAUUGAAGGCUCCAGAGAACGGAUCUGUAGAUGAUGGAGACAAUCUGCCAAGAACCAUAGCAAAGUACACCUGUGACUAUGGGUUCAGGUUGGUGGGAUCCAGCAAGAGACUCUGUCAGAAGUACAGCAGCUGGGCAGGGGAGGCACCUAUCUGCGAACAGAUCGAAUGCCCUGCAUUGAACGAUCCAGAGAACGGAUCUGUGGAUGAUGGAGGCAAUCUGCCAGGAACCAUAGCAAAGUACACCUGUUACUAUGGGUUUCAGGUUGGUGGGAUCCAGCAAGAGACUCUGUCAGAAGUACGGCAGCUGGGCUGGGGAGGCACCUAUCUGCGCACAGAUCGAAUGCCCUGCAUUGAAGAAUCCAGAAAACGGAUCUGUGGAUGAUGGAGACAAUCUGCCAGGAACCAUAGCAAAGUACACCUGUGACUAUGGAUUCAGGUUGGUGGGAUCCAGCAAGAGACUCUGUCAGAAGUACGGCAGCUGGGCUGGAGAGGCACCUAUCUGCAAAGCUAUCAUCUGUCCUAAGCUGGAUGACCCUGAGGAUGGUCAGGUGACAGUCACUGGUCUAACUCCGUCUUCUACUGCCGAAUAUUCCUGUAACCAUAGAUUCAAGUUGUUUGGAACGGCUUGGAGGAAGUGCCAGGCCAACGGACAGUGGUCUGGAAAAGCACCUACUUGUGUGGAGUGUGGCCAUCCACCCAAGCCAAGCUACGGACUUGUCAAGUUCUGGACCACUACACCUGGUUCCAAAGCAUUCUACGGCUGUUUUAAUGGAUACCAGCUGAGUGGUUAUGCAGUCCGAUUUUGCCAGGGUAACGGUUACUGGUCUGGACGCACUCCAUCAUGUACGAGGAGGCAUUAUUAGGACUCGCGAUCUACUGAACCACAUCUAAGAACUAAGUAAACUUUAAGAACAUAGUAUAUAAUAUAGGCUUAGCUAUAAACUAGUAAUUUGGUGUAGGAAAAACUGCAGUGAAAGUUCAUGAAGCUGAUUGUAAAUUGAAGCAUGCCUUUAUUGGCACACUAAUUUUACAGCAGAUAUAAUGUGGAUUGCAAGAAAGCUAUAAUUAUUGCAUG